ACUACAGAGGAUCAGGAAGUUAUUAUUUAUCGGCUAAUUUUAACAGACGCGAACAGCGCGAAAAAUUCCGCAGAUGUCAGCAAACUCCCUUUGAAGCUGGAAGUGAGAGUGGGGGGGGCUCUGAUUUCUGGAGACGACGGGCCCGGGCUUCUCCAGAAAAGAGCCGGUGAGCCAGUGAGGCACCAACAACGAGAGGUCGAGGGAACGGCGACGCCGAUCCGAAUAAUUGAGAUGGUACCAUUCCUGGUGAUGGUACUGGGCAUGUCCGCUGUCAGGACUGCGGCCGAAGUCCUGGCACCGCCCUACUUCAACAUCGCUGCGAACAAGAGAGUCGACGCUUCCUACACCUGUGGGGAGGACAUCGACGAACCGGAGCUCUACUGCAAAUUGGUCGGUGCAGUACAAGACUCACAUGACAAAGACAAGUCAGUCAUCGCAGGACAGGUGUGUGAUUACUGCGAUAGCAGUCAGCCGGAGAAGUCUCAUCCUCCAAAUUACGCUGUCGAUGGGACUGAAAAUUACUGGAUAUCUCCGCCCCUUUCUAGGGGUACAGAUUUCAACAAAAUCAACUUUACCAUCUAUCUAGGCCAGGAGUUUCACGUGACUUAUGUUUUAAUUAAAAUGGGCAUAUCACCUCGUCCCGGACUUUGGGUUUUGGAAAGAUCAGCGGACAACGGGCAGACGUACAAGCCUUGGCAAUAUUUUGCAGAAUCGACUUCUGAUUGUGAACAUCAUUUUGGCAUUGAAAGCUUGAAUCCCAUCAUGACAGACGAUUCUGUCAUCUGUACUACUCAAUUUUCCAAACUUAUACCUAUAGAACAUGGAGAGAUUAUAGUCUCUCUUUUGAAUGAUCGCCCAUCUGCUAAUGAUUUUUUCAAUUCUCCUGUUUUACAAGAAUGGACAAGAGCUACAAACGUGAGGCUGCGACUACUUAGUACACAAACCCUAUACGGUCAUUUAAUGUCAGUGGAGAGACUAGAUCCUACUGUUUCUAGAAGGUAUUUCUACUCUAUAAAAGAUAUAAGUAUUGGUGGCAGAUGUCGUUGUAAUGGCCAUGCUGACGUUUGUGCUGAAACAAAAGAAGACAAAUACAAACUCCGGUGUGUGUGUCAGCAUGAUACCUGCGGUACCAACUGUGAUAAAUGUUGCCCUAACAAAGUGCAAAAACCUUGGCGACAAUCCAAACCUAACAAAUUAUUUGUUUGUGAAGGAUGUAACUGCCAUGGGCAUAGUGAACAGUGUCAGUAUAAUGAAACUGUUGACAGAUUACAUUUGUCACUUGAUAUUCAUGGCAAUUAUGAAGGUGGUGGCGUUUGUCAAAAUUGUGCCGAUAAUACAGAAGGUAUUAAUUGUGAGAGAUGUAAACUCGGCUAUUACCAGCCUUUUGGAGUUGACAUCCGUGAUCCGAACGCCUGUGUCCCUUGCAACUGCACUGGCAAAAAAUACACUGGAAAUUGUCAGUUUGGAGAUGGAAGAUGUGAAUGCAAGUCAAAUUACGUUUCCCCGCUUUGCGAUUCUUGUGCGUUCGGAUAUACAAACUACGAUGAAUGCGAACGUUGCCGAUGCAAUGUAAACGGAACAGUUAAUGGUUUAUGCGACCCGGAACACAGUGAGUGCCCAUGCAAACCAAAUUUUGAUGGACCUCAAUGCGACUCUUGUAGAAAAGGAUCGUACGAUUUUCCAAACUGCAAACCUUGUGAAUGCAACAAGAUUGGUUCUCUGAAUGAUAUUUGUGAUUAUGAAACUGGAAAUUGUGUGUGUAAAAACAAUUACGCUCCACCAAAAUGUGACGAAUGUACCAACGGAUACUAUUCUUUCCCUCACUGCGAUUUAUGCAAUUGCAAUUUGUACGGAACAAUUGACGAAGUAUGUGAUAAAUAUUCAGGAAAAUGUAUAUGCAAAGAAGGUUAUGCAGGAGAACACUGCGGUGAAUGUGCUCUGGGUUAUAAAGGUUUUCCCAACUGUGAACCCUGCGGAUGCAGUAAAAUAGGAUCAUUAACGCAUUGCGACAGUAAAGGGAAAUGCCCCUGUUUAGAUAGAUUUUCCGGGCAAACGUGUGAUCAAUGCUCUCCUGGCUACUAUAAUUUUCCACAUUGCUUGCCUUGCGGAUGUGAUCCUUCUGGAACUGUUGGGAAAUCAUGCGAUGACGAAGGAAACUGUAAAUGCUUAGAUUCGUUCCAGGGCAAACACUGUGACAAGUGCAAAGAAGGCCUGUUCAACUAUCCAGCAUGUGAAGCUUGUGAUUGCCAUCCUGCUGGUGUUACUGCCAAUUUCACUGGAUGUGGACAAAUCAAAGGUGAACUUUGUGAAUGUAAGCCAAGGGUCGAAGGCAGAACAUGCGACCGAUGUAAGCCACUCUAUUGGAAUUUGCAAGAAUACAGUCCUCAUGGAUGCUUAGAUUGUGAUUGUCAUUUGCCCGGUGUUCAGGGAGGGAUAGCAGAGUGUGACAGCGUCAAUGGAGGACAGUGUUAUUGCAAAAAAUUAGUUGUAUCAAGGAAGUGCGAUCAGUGUGCAGAUGGAAGUUACAACUUGGAAGAAAACAAUGUUUUCGGAUGUACAGAUUGUGGCUGUGAUGUCGGUGGUGCACUGCCAAUCGCUUGCAACAAGAUAACUGGUCAGUGCAUUUGUAAAAACAGAAUCGGCGGCCAGACUUGCAACAAGCCUCUUGAACUACAUUAUUUCCCAACUUUACACCAAUUGAAGUAUGAAGUUGAAGAUUGGACGACUGCAGAAAACAAUCAUGUCCCUUAUAAUUUCAACGAAACCAUAUUUCCUAACUUUUCCUGGAAAGGUUAUGUCGUAUUUUCGAGUCAUAAGCCGGUGAUAAAAAACCUGAUACAUGUAGAACAGAUUGGAAUUUAUAAAAUUAUUGUGAGAUAUGUUAACAAGAACAGCGAACCGGUUACUGGAGAGAUUAUAAUGAAAGAAACAUCCACGGAUAAUGUACAUAUGCAUAAAGUAGUUUUUAAACCAUCACCUAAACCCGGUUUUGUCACCGCUGUACCGCAAGGACAACUCGAUCUCUAUUUAUCAGAAACCAAUACAGUUUUGGAAACUUUCAUUAAAAUCCCUCAAGAAGCCCCAUCAAUUUUUCUCGAUUAUGUAGUGCUCUUGCCAGAACAAUAUUACGAAGGAACUAUCCUUGAUGAGCACAUACAAACUCCCUGUAAGUAUGGUGAAAAAUCCCAUUGCCAGUUAUAUGAAUAUCCGAGUCUGGACGAUUUCGCUAGUGAAAAGUUUGUUGGAUUGAACGAGUUUUUGGAAAAUCGCUCAAUACCAUUGCUCUCAGGCUCUCAGCCUCAAAUGUCCGUCACUUUUGAUUUCAAAGAAGGCAGUAAAGGUCCGAAAGUUCUUGUAGUGUCGUACGCUUCGCCAAAAGGGGUGGACCAAAGUUCCAAGAUUAAUGUGAAUGUUCAAAGCAGCAAUAUGGAGGAGCAUAGAUUCGUCAACUUAGCCCCGUGCCACUAUGCCUGGUUGUGCCGGCAAGUCAUUUUGGAUAAAGAAGGACGGGUCGCUACAUUUUCCACUGAAGGAGACGCUACUCCAAUGACAGUCACAUUUUUGAAUGAAUUGCAACCGGAAACAGCAUUGUAUGAAGUUGUAGCCAUUCCAGUUAAAGAUUGGACUUUUGAUUACAUUAUGCCUACUGUCGUUUGCACCAUGCAGGACUCGAAAUGUGCCAAAAUUGAUUAUCCACUUCUGACUGGAACAAAAAAGAUUGAAUUUGAAAAAGAUAGUGAUAUGAAUAAAACAUCAAAUUACCCACAAGUUUUAGAUCAAUCAGUAGUACUUGUCAGAACAGAUGAAGCGCCUGAAAUUACACUUAAUGGGAAAGUUCUUGUGCCUGGAAACCACAUGUUUAUAGUCCAUUAUUAUCAACCAAAAUCACCAGCAUUUACGUUGCCUGUGGUUGUCCAGGCUGAUAAGGCAUUCAAUGCGUCAUUAAAAUUUCAACAUUGCCCGUCACGAAUUGGAUGUAGAGCAUUAAUUUUAGAUCCAAUGCAUAACAGUAAAUUUCCUGUCACCAACAACUUUAAAAUCACGAUUCAAGGUAAUCAAAAACCAUUAUGGCUUGACUAUGUUCUGGUUGUGCCUGAAAGCCAAUAUAAAGACAUCCUUCUUGAAGAAACAAACCUUAACAAUGCUGAAAGGUUUAAAUUAGAAUGUGGCGCAGAUCAUUUCCAUGUUGACACCAAAAAUGUUACAGAAUUUUGUAAACGAUCUAUAUUUUCCUUGACUACAAAUUACAAUGGUGGCGCUUUGAAGUGCGGAUGUAAUCCUGAAGGUAGUAAACACCAUUAUUGCGCGCCGUUCGGGGGACAGUGCGAGUGUAGGGACUUUGUCAUCGGACGAAGGUGUGAGGAAUGCAAAGCUGGCUAUUACGGAUUUCCAAACUGUAAACCUUGUAAAUGCCAAGAAUGGGCGCAUUGCGACAAAGAGACUGGUCAUUGUAGCUGUCCAAAAAAUAUGGAGGGGGAAAAAUGUGAAAGAUGCAAGCCAAACACUUACAACUACCAAUUACCGAUCGGGUGUACAGAUUGUGACUGCCACCCUCAAGGCGUUGUAAACGGUAAUUUGCAAUGUGACAUGAACAGCGGAGCCUGCUCGUGCAAGGAAAAUAUAGGCGGAAAUCGCUGUGACAGUUGCAAGCCUGGUUAUUAUUCAUUUCCAUAUUGUGAAGAAUGUGAAUGUGAUCUCCGAGGAACAACUUACGAAAUUUGUGAUGCUGAAAGAUACGGGGAAUGUAAAUGUAAAAAGAACGUCGAAGGAGUUGUGUGUGAUUUAUGCGCUCCAGGGACAUUUAAUCUCAAUCAGGAAAAUGAAGAUGGGUGCACGGAAUGUUUCUGUUCUAAUCGCACGCAGGAAUGCUCCAGCUCUCGAUUUUAUUGGGACUAUGUCGGUGAUCUAGAGGAUUGGGUUCUGGUGACAGUAAUGGUAAAGAAUGGUAUUUAUGUGACUGAACUUCAAACCCCUCCAGACAAUGUACCCCAUGGAAUUAGUGUGAACUUAUCAGGUGAAGAAUUCAGAGAGCAAGAAGUGUACUUUUCAACUUCAGACGCGUUUUUAGGAAAUAAGCUAGGCUCUUAUGGAGGAAAAUUAAAAUAUUCGCUAUUUUGUACUGUAGGAGACAAAGAAAGCUUUGUACACGGCCCGGAUAUUAUAUUCAGUGGAGGAGGUAUCGAACUUUUUUAUUCCGCUGUCGAAUUGCCGUCACCUUCCACACUGUUUGAAAUGGAAUUGACCUUAACUGAACAUAGUUUCACUCUGGUUAACAAACGCCCUGCUUCGAGAGAUCAUUUAAUGCGAGUUUUAGAAAAUUUACAAGCAAUUUAUUUAAAAGCGAGUUACUGGAAAAAUAAUACUACCACAAGAAUACAAAAUUUAGCCAUGGAUGUCGCAACGGAAAAGUAUACAUCAAACGGGAUUGCCCUGUCAGUAGAGCAGUGUGCUUGUCCUCCUCAGUAUACGGGAAUGUCAUGUGAGGAAUGUGCAGAUGGUUACUACCGUUCUUCUACCGGGCCAUACGGUGGUUUUUGCAUUCCAUGCCAGUGCAACGGCCAUGCUAACACUUGCGAUAAAGUCACAGGUGUUUGCAAGGAUUGUCAGCAUGAUACUACUGGUGAUCAUUGUGAACAGUGUGCUGAAGGAUAUCACGGAGAUGCAACUUACGGCACCCCACAGGACUGUUUUAUUUGUGCUUGUCCUUUACCAUACCCAAGUAACAAUUUUGCAAAAAGCUGUGACAUCAGUGAUGACGGGACUAUGAUUAGUUGCAAUUGUAAAAAAGGAUACUAUGGCCAUCGAUGUCAAUCUUGUGCUGAUGGAUAUUUUGGAAAUCCUGAAAUUUCAGGUGAUUUUUGCAAACCUUGUGAGUGCUCAGGAAACAUCAACUUAAAUGAAGCGGGCUCUUGUGAUUCAGUUUCUGGUAAAUGCCUUAAAUGCCUUAACAACACUGCUGGAGCGGCGUGUAAUUAUUGUAAACCGGGUUACUUCGGUGAUGCAGUUACACUUAAAAAUUGCCAGAGUUGUUCUUGUCAUAAACAUGGAACGUUCAGAUGCGAUGAUGUGACUGGUGCCUGUGAGUGUCAUCCGAAUGUCGAAGGGGAGAAAUGUGAUCGAUGCACAGAGAAUCAUUAUCUGUUUGAAUCAAGUCAAGGUUGUAUACCUUGCAACUGCAAAGAAGCAUCUUACAGUAAACAAUGCGUUGACUCGAGUGGACAGUGCAGAUGUAAACCCGGUGUCGCUGGAAGAGCCUGUGAAAAAUGUGAUCAAGGCUACUGGAAUUACACUUCCGAAGGAUGCACUAGAUGUUCCUGCAACCUUCAAAACUCAGUUAAAGUUGGGUGUAAUGAGAAAGGGCAAUGUGAAUGCCUUAAAGAUGUCAUAGGAGAAAAGUGCGAUGGCUGCCGAGAACGUUGGGUUUUUGUGGAAAAAGAAGGCUGCUUUGAAUGUGGAAAAUGCGUACACGAUUUGUUAGACUCGGUUGAUGAGAUGCAGAAUAGACUAGAACCGAUCAGUAAUGAAUUUGGGUCGGUUGCAAAAUCGUACUUUAUUCAGAGACGGCUGCAAUAUCUCAAUGAAACUGCAGCUUUACUCCAACCGAAAGUAAAUCAGUUACAAAAUGUAAUGGUCGAGUUGAAUCCAUUCAAAGAAGAAUUAGACCAUUUUCAGAAAAAUGUAGAUCAUAUUAGUCGAGAGAACUCAUAUACAUUAGAGAAAGUUAAUGGGACAUCUAACGACAGUUUGUCCAACCUGUCGUCAAAGCUUGACAAAAACACGAAAACCAUGAACAAAUUGGCUAAAGAAGCAAUUCAAGCAGCUAAGAUGACAGUUCAGAAUGUUAAAAACGUUGGAGAAAGCUUUCAUCAUUAUGAUGUGGAUUUGGACAUCACACAAGCUGAAGCCCUUGAUGAAGCAAAUGACAUUUUAAAUUCCCUUCAAGAAAUGUUUUCACCUAACAAUGGUAAACAUCUGUCAAAAGAAGACGUGAAAAAAAGUUAUAUGGAAAGGGCAAACAAGGCAUUGGAAAAUAUGAAAAUGUUUAAAAAGCCUGUUGAUGAGAAAGAAAAGGCCUUGCAAAUGCUUAAGAAAAGGAUAGAAGACAUACGAAAAAGAACCAAAGAAGCAUCUAAACUGUCUACUGAUGCGUUGAAAUCUUCUAAGAAACUUUCUGAAGCUUUAAAAGAAAACAUGAAAAUAAACUUGCCUUCGCUGUUCAAAGAAAUAAGUAAACUAAAUGAAGAAGCUAAAAGCACUACUGAAAAAACAGAAGCAUUAUUAGAUGAAAUAUCCGUUUUUAUGGAUAAUUUUUUCAUUUCGCUCAACAUUCAUACUGAUGACGCGAGUGACUGGCGCGCUCAUGAUACAGAAAUGAAGAGGCUCACUAGCGGCAUUCUCACAAAUGACUCAAUAGAAAACUCAGCAAUUAUGGUAGAAAGUGCUGAAAAGUGGGCCGAUAAUUUGUUAAAUGAUGCCAAAGUGCUUGAAAGUAUAGGGAAGCAACAGCUCUCAGAUGCAAAUGAAUAUAAUGUUUACAAUCAAAUUAUUAGUGCUCUUAGAUCAGCAUUAAUCACAGCAGAAAAGGCAAAAACGGAUGCAGAAAAUGCUAAACUUUUGAGUGUACAAAUAUUACAAAAUGCUCCUGAAUCACUAGAGAUGUCAAAUAAACUUUUGGCCGAUGGAAAAGAAAUUUUAAAUAAAACUGAUGACGUAUUGCUGAACAAUGUUAAUCUUACUCUAAGUGAGGUUGAAAAACUUAAAAAUGAAAAGGAUAACAUUUUAAAAGAACUUGAUGCUAUUGGAAAUAAACUUGAAGGAACAGUAUUAACAACUGAAAAAGGUGAAUUAAUCUCUGAUAUGGAGUCGGCCAACCAGGAAGCCACACUCUUUAUUAACGGUAUAGGUACAAUUUUACAAGAGUUACCUAAACUACAUGAUUCUGUAAAGGGAGUUAUCGUAAAAAAGCGAGAUGUAGUGAGCAAAAUUUCAGAAACUGGAAGAGCUCUUGAAGAUAUUAAAAAAAUUAUGCCUGAUGUCAACAAUCUUGAUACGAUAUUAAAAACCAAAAUUAAAGAAACGGAGGAUACCAUGGAUACACUGCAAAAAAAAAUUGAGUUCUUGAAUGAACAACUUCGUCUUGCCCGCGAAGCUGCCAACAAAGUAACACUAGGAGCAGAGUUCCUUUCUAAUACAAGUCUGGAAUUAUGGCAGUCAGAUGACAUUCCAGAGCAGGCGAUAAACAACCAUGUUUCACUUUACUUUGCAACUUUGUCUCCCAACUCCUUAUUAUUUUAUAUGGGCAAUCAAGCAAAGCGUAUCAAAAGAAGAAGCAAACAGUCAUCUGAAGAGUUUAUGGCUCUGGAAGUUCAAAAUGGACUUCUCAAAUACAGCGUUGAUCUCGGAAGUGGUCCCAAAAGUGUUUCUACGUCGAAAAAUGUGGAUACAGGUCAUUGGCAUAAAGCUAUAAUGGAAAGAACUGGAAAAAUAAUUCGCCUGACUGUCAUAACACCAGAUAAGAAGCAGAUGGUCGAAGAAGCAGUUCUUUCAGGGACUUCCUCCAUCCUCAAUUUGGACAAAACAAGAUCAAAAAUAUUCAUUGGCGGAAUACCUGCAGACUUCAGUGCGCCGUCGUAUUUCGAGCACAACAACAACUUCUUCGAAGGGCGAAUUGAAGAUCUCACCAUUGGAAAUUCACCAGCUAGCUUGUGGAAUUUCAUACGCGAAGAAAAUCUAAGACCUAGUGGUGGACGAAGUGAACUGUCAAAUGUUAGCAAUACUAUCGGAUGCAGGUUUGAUGGCCAUGGUUAUGUGGCUGUCGAUAGUGAAACAUACCGUAUGGGUUCCAAAUCUGAAGUGUCUAUGAGCUUUAAGACAACUGCUAAAGAUGGAUUACUCUUCUUGGCUGUGAAUGAAGACAAUACUUUUAUAUCAAUUGAGCUUAAAGAUGGAAAAGUUUGGCAUCAGUUUGAUCUCGGUGAUGGAGUAAUAAGUCUGAGUUCAGAAAAACUUUAUAAUGAUAAUCAAUGGCAUAGAGUUGAAACGAGCAGAUUUUAUAACAAUGCAACUUUAGCGAUGGAUGGCCAUCUGCUGGAAGGAUCAUCAAUCUAUCGAGAUGAAAGGCGUAAAUUUACUAAACCACGUAAAUUUUAUUUUGGUGGUUAUCCAGGCAGGCAUAUGCUUGAUCAUGUUACGAAUAUAGAUUUUGAAGGUUGUAUAGAUAAUGUGCAAUUAGACAGUGUUGUCGAUUUAAAGAAGAACCUAGAAUCGGUUGGAACUAUCGCAGGCUGUCCUGCAAAGUUUGCCAAUGUCGUAUCCUUUGAAUAUGGUGCUCCUGGAUAUCUGCUAGGACCAGUUAUAACUGCUGGAGACAAUUCAUUAGAACUGCUCAUGCGUUUUAAAACAUCAUCGCCCAACGGUUUACUCGCGUAUGCGACUUAUGGGCCUGCAAGUAUUUCAUUAUCACUUAGAGAUGGACAGUUAGUGUUUAAGAGCGGAAAAGAUGAAUUGAAGUCGGAUUCUCCAAAGCCGUACAAUGACACAAAAUGGCAUGUUGUUAUGGCAAAUCUCAACCGAGAGAAGAUGGAACUUCAUGUUGAUGAUUAUCAAUCCUAUAUGUCAGAAGAACCCCCGAACCUUAUACGGAUGUUACAUGGUCAAAUUUAUUUCGGAGGGGUUCCGUCCAGUGUGGAUGCGCAAGUAGCAUAUUCUGAGAAAUUUGUUGGCUGCAUCAGUGAUGCGACAUUGAACAAUGUUAUAAUUAAUUUUGCUAAUUCAUCCGAAGCUCCACAAGCUUUGAUUGGAAAUUGUGUUUUACAUGAAAAACCUUUAAUUUUAGCUCCACAUCCACCCAUGCACAAGCCACGCCCUCCAGAGCCGCCGAUUACAUUUGAGACUGAAAAACCUCCGCAAACGCCUGAACCAGAACCUUUAUCCACAACUUCAGCUCCGAUUACAAGAGAAGAUUCUGAGUCAUGUGUCCUCCCUCUUUACUCUAAUAUAAAAUUGACCGGGAAAAACUAUAGAUUUGGUACCAAACCAAACAGCAGAAUAGAAUAUAUGUCACUACCUGGCAAACUGAGGGCGAAAUAUGAAUUUACAGUUGAUAUAAAAACUACGGCACAUUACGGCAUUAUAUUCUUUGCUAGCAACAAGCAUUUCACAGAUUAUAUAUCUCUUCUACUUAUGGAUGGAAUGAUUGCUUACAUUUUCAACUGUGGAUCUGGGGAAGCGUAUAUACACAGUACAUUCCCAAUAAAUGACAAUGAAUGGCAUACAAUCACUUUUAAGAGAACGCAUGAAUCCGGCAGCUUAAUUAUCGACAAUCAAGAUGCAAUUGAAGGAAUGUCAGAGGGCUCGACAAAAACGCUCAACGUAACACCACCAUAUUUUAUAGGUGGGCUCGAUCCUGCUAUAGCGCAAGACAUCCCAGCAAAUAUUGUUAAGGGAGUAAAGGAGUCUUUUGAUGGCUGUAUUAAAAAUUUUAUGGUUAACGAACAGCCUGUCCCUAAAUCAAGAAGUGAAGUAGGUGUAAUACCAUGCUCUGAAGAUUAUGAAAGUGGUGCCUAUUUCCCUCCUGAAGGAGGCUAUAUAAAAUUAUCUGAUAAAUACUAUGUCGGUAAAGGUGUUAAUCUAAGGAUGUCCAUAAGACCUAGAGUCUAUUCAGGAGUGUUAUUAUCCGUUAGAAGCAAAUCAGACUAUUUAAUUGUUGCAUUGGAAAAUGGUGUUGUAGUGGUUAAAAUUAAGACAUCAAAAAGUAAAAGUAUAUCAGUGGACUAUAAAAUGCCUAAUGAAGAACCAGCUUAUAUAUGUAAUGGAAAAUGGCACAAUAUACAUAUUAUGAAGUCGGUUAACUCAUUUUUGAUUGGAAUAGAUGGUAAAUACAGCGAAGUUAUACAAACUCCCAGAAGAUCAAGAGAUAUUAUGACACAGGAUCCAAUGUACUUAGGAGGAACGCCUGACAUGACAACGCCACCGUACGUCGGUUGUAUUAGGAAUAUAACUCUAAACAAUGAUAUACUGUUCGUUACAAAAGAAGCUACCUUUGGAAAUGCGAUAACCAGUGUUUGUCCAGUUAUUUAAAAAUGUUUUUUUCAACCAUGUAUAUAGACAUUUAGAUUUUUUUUUAAAUUUAGCUUAAAACUUUUAUUAAAUAAUAAAAUAUUUAAAAUAUUUGUUCUCUUUACUAUCUUUCCAUGUACUCUCUAUCUCAUAAAAUACACUCUGCAAAUUUAUAUCACCCUUUUGA